AAAGUUCUCAAAAAUUCAUAUUUUAUAAACACGGGUUAACGAAAGCAAAUGGUUUAAAGUGUUAUUCUGGUGACUAAUUCAACAUGGGGACUUAUUGUAAAGGGCGUCUAAGUUUGUUCCUAAUCAUCGGAAUUGUUUUAAUGUGUCGUGCAACCGUAGCGUGUGCUGCAGUUCCCGACGAACUUGAAGGUCUUGCCGGUCGCGUCUUGAUGGCUUCAUCAGAGGUCCAGGCAAAUGAUCCUAAAGAGAAGCCGAAAGGUACCGAUUCUGUAUCCUUUGUGCAGCCUGUUGAGGAAGAAGUGAAUGGUAUUUUCCAAGGCUCCUUGGCAAAGCAAUCAUCUGCCUCUGGUGGUUCCUGGGGUGUUUCUAGUAUUGAAUUCAUUCAUGCCUUUGUGGCUGCUCUAUCUGUGAUCAUUGUUUCAGAACUUGGUGACAAGACAUUUUUCAUUGCUGCCAUUAUGUCAAUGAGACAUCCAAGGCUUGUUAUAUUCACGGGAGCUAUGCUUGCCCUUGGUUUGAUGACAGUUCUCUCAGCGGUACUGGGAUAUGCAACAACUGUCAUUCCAAGGAAAUACACACUGUACAUAUCAACAGCACUGUUUGUAUUUUUCGGUCUUAAAAUGUUAAAAGAAGGUUAUGAUAUGGACCCUAACGAAGGACAAGAGGAGUUAGAAGAAGUACAAGCAGAACUUAAAAAGAAGGAAGCUGAGAUGGAGAAGGAUGAUUCAUCCACCAUCACUCAAGAUGUAGAAACUGGUAUAAUAAGAGGAGGAAAGAAGCCUGCAAAGUUCUUUGGUCUUUGCUCACCCAUAUUACUACAAGCAUUUACUCUAACAUUCCUUGCUGAGUGGGGUGACAGGUCACAACUGGCUACUAUACUCCUGGCAUCUAGAGAGAAUGUAGUUGGUGUGACAAUAGGUGGAACAUUAGGACAUGCCCUGUGCACUGGCCUAGCUGUGAUUGGGGGAAGACUAAUUGCUCAAAGAAUAUCUGUCAGAACAGUUACAAUCAUUGGUGGAGUUGUCUUUUUGAUAUUUGCAUUAACAGCAUUUUUUAUUGAAGAGUAAAUCAAGAAUAAUUUGACUAAAUAAACAGAUAUACCUACCAUAUACAAGAAUGAACAAUAGAGACUUCAUGUACCAGUGUGUGCAAUAUACUGUGAACGUGAUCAGCUGUAAAGCUGUGACACUGUCCUUGAACCCUUUUACUCCCAAGAACUAAAUCUAGAUUCUCCAUACUGUCUGCAUACAUUUCUUUUAAAGUAUGCUUGGAGAACUUAGCAGUAUCCCACUGUGGAUAUUUUUCUUCCUUCUAAUUACAUUUCUGCUUGAAAGUGAAGGAAUGUUUUGCAGACAGAUUCUUUUGCAAUAACUCUUGGGGGGUUGAAGGGUUAAAACUGGAAGUGCAUGUCUGAGUGUAUAGAUAUGAGAGAUAUUGUAGUUAUUGUUGUUAGAUCAAGUUCAAGUGCAAUGCUUUUUGAAGCAAUGAUAAUGAUAUUGAUAUUAUUGGCAUGAUCAUAACCAUUACAAUUUCCUCAAAUGUGAUUGGUGCAUCAGCUGCUUCAUUUUUCAGUAAUCAUUCUGUGCAGUUGUAAUCCAACAGUAUAAUCCAACAGUAUAAUCUGACGGUUGGUUGUAAUUAGACACCUGUAAUCAGACAGUUGAAGCAGCCAAUCAUACAAGGUUCACUCAGCUAAAUCCACCAAUCACAGAAUUGAUCAUAAUAACCAUAGCAACAACCACUUAUCCAAAGGGAAAAAAGGCAAUUUCCAAAAUGGAGGAUAUUUGUUCUAGGUGUAUUUGUUUUUUCAGAAAUUGAAAUGGUUAUAUGAUUAAUUGGUAACAGGACUUCUUGUUGUUGAAUUCUGUCUGUAAUCAUACUCGUGAUAAACAAAUCGGACUCCUGCUUUUCGGUCGUCCGAUUUUGUUAAUCACUCGCAUGAGUACAGACCAAAUUGGACUCCACUCAGUCCUAUUACCAUUAUUAAUUGUUGUUAUUAUUGUAACAUUUGUACAUUAAUUUCACUUUUAAUCCAGUUUAGGGCAGAUUUGUAAGGGAAGCUAAGGGAAUGCAUAUCUUAGCCUAUCCUGCAACUGAAUGUUUUAUUCAAAUAUGACUUCAAAACACAUGCACUGUCCAUUAUCAGAAAAUGUCUGUUUAAACUUUUGUCCUACUGUUUGGUGAAAUUCAGAGCAGAGACAGAGUGGCUCUCUCUGCCAGAGCCAAUCUCUGUUUCUGUUGCAUCAAUCUACUGAGUAUUGUUAUUCCUAUUGGAUAAGAUGUUAGUUGAUUGUGGGCCACUACCAUUACACACCCCCCCCUCCCCCACCCACCCUUCAGCAUUUUGUUAGCUUCCCUUGACAGCUCCUUGGCUCUCUUACUAGUAGAUGGAGGGAGACAAUGUGAAAGCAUUGUGUCAUGCCCAGUACCUCCCUUUACUUGGGAAUAUCAAUGAGUACCACAUAGUCUUAAUGAAUACUGUGAUUUUUUUUUUGUUUUGUUUUGAACUGGAAAAAAUACUAUUUUAUCCCUCAGGGAUAUCUAUGAUUAUUUUUGUCUUGUGAAUAAGGGCAGAGUGAGAAUAAGUUUGGUUUUUUUUACACCAAGCUUUAUUCCUUAACUCUGAAAGUUGUAGCCUUGACAUUCAUUAAUGAAACAAACAUUAUCAUAAUACUAUUUUACAUACAUGUAUGAAAUCAUGUGAAUUUUUAUCAAUGGCAAUAUUAUUUAAAAGAGAAAUAAUUACUGCAUGGUCAGUCAGAACAGAUGAAAAUUGUU